UACCUUGACGUCAUAUUUCCCACUUGUAAACUACAUUAAACGCUAUUGGUCCGUUGUUUCUUUGUGUGUGCUAUUUACCAAUGAUGCUCAAGGACAAAUUGUUGUUGUAUAAAUGCGCUUGACUUUUUCCCUUAUUUGAUUGCUUGUACUCAGCUGCUUACGGAAUACAUAUAUAUUCCCCUACUUGCCUUGGACUUCUUCAUCUAGUUAGCGGGGCCUGGGACAACCGAUUAGAAUAGCUUAUCGUGUCAUUGUGUCAUUGGCUUUCGUUCGUUACCGCGGAAUCGAUUUAGCUUCAAGCAUAACAAUUGGCGACGGGGACAAAAGUAAAAAAUGACGCUCCCUUCUGACCGCUUACAGUUGCUCUUUGACCGACAUUUGGAGUUCAUGGUCAAACUACGCACACAGUUUCUGGAUCAUCAAUGCUUCACAUAUGCGUCGGAAGUGGAUGUAUUAAUCUCUGAAUUACACACAGAGCUGGAAAAUGAUCGCAGCCCCCAUGAUUCCUCAACAAGCCGCAACCUAAACGAAACAGCAGUAUCACAAGACACGCCCGGUUGUCCAUCACUGUCCAUUUCAGAAACGUGCCCGGUAGUGGAUUCAAACCCCACUAUCCCUGAAGUAGCAUGUCCGAACAGUGACGCUUCCAGCUCUCAUAAACACGAUGCCAUGUCAAAUGCCCAUGAAAUUGUUGCACCAACCAACCACAAAGUGCCAGACAUCAUAUCGAGCAGCACACCGAGCGAAUCGCAUUCUGCGGUAGAAAUGUUUACGGAAUCUAAUGCUAAAGAUUCCCAAGCUUGUCCAGAAAAUUUGUUACAUGCAUCAAAUCUGGAACCUAGCGCAGUUUUGGUGGACGCUGUUUAUCAUAGUGAUCCACAACCUGCCAGUGAUGUUUGCAAUAAGUCUAAUGACUACAUUUCUGCAGAAUCGAAUUCUAACCUCACAUUAAAUGGCGAUCCUCACCAUCCAGUCAAUCUUAGCAGGUUCCCUAUUGAAUGCCAGAAACAUGUUAUAAAUAGAAUCGCAUUAAUAGAAACUUGGGUAUAUGAGGAUCCAACACUAUUUCGUGGGGGAGGAGGAGCUCGGAUUUCUUAAAAUGGGGAGGUGUUGGGGAUGUCAAAUCCCCAGAACUUACUUGGUAAAUGGCUUAGUUUUGUAAUUUUAUUUUGAAAAUUUGAAUUUAGCUGUUUCCGCGCCAAACGCGCUCUUUUUACCUUGACGUCAUAUUUCCCACUUGUAAACUACAUUAAACGCUAUUGGUCCGUUGUUUCUUUGUGUGUGCUAUUUACCAAUGAUGCUCAAGGACAAAUUGUUGUUGUAUAAAUGCGCUUGACUUUUUCCCUUAUUUGAUUGCUUGUACUCGGCUGCUUACGGAAUACAUAUAUAUUCCCCUACUUG